AUGGCUACAGGAGGUAUCGCCGUCCUCCUGUCUAGCACACCGCAUCAAUUUCGCGGGUUGACGACCAUCGGCAAGGUCGUCUACAUACUCAACCUUGUCCUCUUCCUCGGCAUAUCUGCCUGUCUGACCAUACGCUUUCUGGCCAAGUCCUCGGCGCUGAAAGAAUCCUUCCAAGAGCCCACCGAAAGCCACUUUAUGGGAACCUGUCUACUGGCCCUGGCGACAAUCAUCCUCGGAGCCGAGAAUUACAGAACAGAAGCAUGUGGCCCCUGGCUGCAGGUUGCCCUCCGCAUCGUCUUUUGGAUCUACGUCGCCCUCUCGACCAUCCAGGCCAUCUGGCAUAACUGGUACCUCUAUCAUAUCCGCAUGGCCAGUCGCCAGCCGUUUGCCCUCGUUCGACUCCUCCCUUCGUUUCCGGCCAUGUUGUCAGGGAAAAUCGCGUCGGUGCUCGCAUUGCAUCAGCCGCGCAAUCAUGCCAUCCCAAUUCUAAUCGGGGCUACCACGUUCCAAGGCUUCGGGUUCAUCAUGUCUCUGUUCAUCUACGCCGAGUACUUCUACCGACUCAACAAGGACGGACUCCCGAAGGCAUCUGACCGACCGGAAAUGUUCAUCGCGGUGGGACCAUGGAGCUUCACGGCGCUGGCCCUGGUCGGGAUGGCGGAAGCAGCCGUCAAGCAGUUUCCUGCGCGGUACAUCAUCUCCUACGCGGAUGCCUCUAAUAGCCAGCAAAUCUCCGUCACAACCGGAGAUAUCGCACUCGUGCUCGCCGCGCUGGUCGCCAUCUUCCUGUGGACAAUGGCGGCUUUUUGUCUGUGCAUUGCUAUCAUCAGCAUCCUGGCCCAGUGUCGUGUUUUCGGCGGCACCGGGGCGCUGGGCAUGUCGCUUCCGUACUGGAGUAUGGUCUUCCCGAACACGGGGUUCGUGAUUGCCACCAUUCGGAUCGGACAGGUGUUGCAGUCGCCGGCGAUUCUGUGGGUUGGUUCAGGGUUGACCAUUGCCCAGGUGGUUAUCUGGUUGUGUGUUGGUGUGGGCACGAUCUGGGCUGUGGCUACGCGGCGGAUGCUAUGGCCUGAGACUGGGGAUAAGGAGGCUUAA